CAUCUUACUUCAUGCAUCACACUGAUUUUUUCUCUCUUUCUUUCUGUCUUUAUAGUCCAAAGCUAUCUCUUUUAUUCAAAUCAUGAUUUCCUUUUCUUCCAUGCAAUCUAACAAUAUUCAAACUCAAUCAUCUUCAUCUCCUUUCUUCAACCACCACCAUCAUUAUUUUCAUCAUUUGACUAAGUCAACUAGACCGUCACCUCGAUUUCACCACCGCCUACUCUUCUCUCCCAGGGCCCAAAAUGGCGACUUAACUACAUCCAUCAACAAUAAUAACUAUGUCUCAGUUUCAAAUCUUGAUGACAAUCUAACCAGAGUUCACAAAUUUUCAAAAUCGUCGAGUCUCUCGAAUAUUGAAGAAACUACUUCAUCACAUCCCCUCUUAAGUUCCAAAAAACUCAAAAUAGCUAUUAUAGGUUUUGGUAACUUUGGACAAUUCAUUGCCAAGUCCUUCAUUAAACAAGGCCAUAUUGUAUUAGCUCAUUCUCGUACUGAUUAUUCCCUCAUAUCACAAUCCCUUAAUGUCAACUUCUUCAAAGAUCCCAAUGACUUAUGUGAACAACAUCCUGACAUCAUAUUAUUUUGCACAUCCAUUAAUUCCCUCGAGCGAGUCAUUCGUUCCCUUCCCAUCCAAAAGCUUAAACGCAACACACUAUUUAUAGACGUACUAUCAGUCAAAGAAUUCCCAAAAAAUAUUUUCCUUCAAUUACUACCUCAAGAAUUUGAUAUUUUGUGCACUCAUCCUAUGUUUGGUCCAACAAGUGGUAAAGACAAUUGGAAAGGACUACCAUUUAUGUAUGACAAAGUUAGAAUUGGCCAAGAAGAGUCAAGAAUUAAAAGGGUCAACACUUUUAUUAAUAUUUUUGAGAGAGAAGGUUGUAGGAUGGUUGAAAUGAGUUGUUGUGAACAUGACAAGUAUGCUGCUGGCUCACAAUUUAUUACACAUACUAUAGGAAGAAUGUUGCAAAAACUUGGAACAGAAACAACUCCUAUAAACACAAAAGGGUAUGAAAAAUUAUUGAAUUUGAUGGAGAAUACAACUAGUGAUAGUUUUGAUUUGUAUUGUGGUUUAUUUAUGUAUAACAAUAAUUCUAUGGAGAUGUUAGAGAAAUUGGAUGCAGCAUUGGAGAGUUUGAAAAUGGAAUUAUUUGGAAAAGUUCUUGAAAAGUUGGAGAAAAAAGUGGAAAAGGGAAAUAGGUUGGCUUUACCUACUCCUUUUACUAAGAAUAAUAUUGAAAUAUUGCAAGUUGAGAGGAAGGAACUAGAGGCUCUUUCUUGAUCCUAAUUGAAAUGCAUUUUGGUCAUUUUAUUAAUCUCUUUUUCAAUCUAGUUGUUGAUUUGUUUAAUAAUUUGCUUAAAAAAACACAAAGAUUUGUAUAAUAAGAGUUGACAUAUAAUGGUAAUCUUUAUGUCCAAAUU